AUGAAACCUAGCCUUGGGUCCCGCUACAAAUACCCAUCACGUCUGCCCUAUGACUACCAGAAGGGCACUUACCUCGAUUCCAAUCAGGUCGUGGACCAACUUCGUCAAAUGAUGGGAGUAAUGCAACAUCACGACGCUAUCACCGGCACUGAGAAACAACAUGUUUCCAAUGACUACCGUCAGCGCCUCACCGACGCCAUGCGUGGCUGUCAACAACUUGUCUCGUCUGUUGCCGACAGUCUGUUGGAGCGCCGAUCGCAUAGUGGCGGCAACGGGUUUAAGGUCUGCGAAUAUCUUAACGUCUCCGUCUGCCUUCCUCUGACUCGCAAAAAUGGUCUACCGGACGCCCUGGUAGCUGUUUACAACCCUCAUGGAUGGGACGAUCUUCAGCCGUGGUUGCGUCUUCCGUUGCAUCCGACCAAGGGGGAGGCUGACGAACUUUACGCCUACACAUUGACCGAGUACUUUACCGGUGAAACUGUGCCUUUUCAAGUGGUCGACUUGCCAACAGCUGUGUUGCAACUACCAGAGAGGCGAAUGCUCAGCAACAGAGGACAUUCAGAGCUGGUCUUCAAGCCAAGCGUUGGACUCACCCGGGCAGGCUUCACGUGGUUCGCGUUAAAGGGUGAAGAGAGUCAUGGGUAUGGGUAUGGCUACCAGCGCCAGCGAAGGCAACAACGGAUUUCAUUAAAGAUUGGCCAAGACAACCUCCCGGUGUUCCAAACUCAAGAGGGCCAAACUGUGACGAUGCGUCUGAUGAAGUACGAUGCGAGCACCUACUAUAAACCGACCUCAGGGGCCUAUGUUUUCCGACCUCUUAAAGGGGCUGUUCCUAUCGGAAAUGCCACAUCAGAAAUAAUUGAUGGUGAACUUGUGACUGAAGUGCGUACGACAUUUACCUCCUGGGCCUCCUUGACGACCCGCCUCUACGCUGAUGACCGAAUGGAGGUUGAGUGGGUCGUGGGACCCCUUCCAAACAUCGGCAGGCGUGUCACAGAGGUCAUCCUACGCUAUCGAGUCAGCGGCGAUGGGGUUCGUCCCGCCACCGAAGGUGAAUUCUACACCGAUUCUAUGGGAAAUGAUCUUAUCAAACGGGAACGUAGACGUCCUGCAGAAGGUAAAGUGGACAGCUUUGAGCCCCCAGACGGUAACGGGUAUGGCUUGCGGUACUGGUGGAUCCGGGAGAGUCGCGAUCCCCUGCAGGCGCACCUAAUAGAGGGAAGCUACUAUCCCGUGGUCAACCGCAUCCUCCUGAAGGGCACGGAUUACGCCUUUGGCGUCUAUACGGACCGGGCGGAGGGCGGCUCCAGUUUGGCCGAGGGCGAAGUUGAGCUCAUGCUACAUCGCGCCACCAUUGUCGACGACGGCCUCGGGGUCGGCGAGCCUCUCACUGAACGCGCCUUUGGUGAAGGCAUCGUUGUGAGGGGCGUGCAUCGGCUCCUACUUGACACAGUGGCAAGGGUUGAGAAGAUGGAUCCACGGUUAGCGCAGGAAGUCUCCCGACCACCAAUUCUAUUCUUCCGAGACCGAGGCAACGACAGUCUCCAAUCUACUCCCACAGCCACGCCGUCAUUACUGACUCGGAGUCUGCCGGAGGGCCUUCAUCUGUUGACAGCUCAGCAGUGGCCUGUAGAAGGUGAGCCUUCACCCAACCAACUCCUCGUACGCCUUCACCAUAUUGGCCUUCCUGGUACCGGACCAAUCACCAUGGAGUUGAGUGAAGCCUUCACGGUGGGUAGGGUUGUCAAAGCGACAGAGAUGUCACUGACAGCCAAUCAGUUAGCGGACGUAGCUAGAAGGAACAGUUUAAAGUGGCCAUCGGAGUACGAACGGCGUAGCGGUGGGGACUAUUCCGGUGCGGGUAACGCAACUCGUGUUGUGAUCCAAUCGGAGGAGGUCAAGACGUUUAUACUGUAUAUGGUGUGA